AUGGCAGACAAGAAUGCUAAAGAAAAGUCGAGUUUUUCAGAGAAAAGGAGCAAACUCAGGUUAGAGACCAAGUUGUCAGAAAAACUAAGGAUAUCAUUGCAGUCGUGCAAAGCGUGUGAGAAUGAGGAAAAGAUCGAAGGAUUUAUCGUGUUCUAUAGGAAAAAUACUUUGAAGUGUCAAAUUUUAGAUGGUUUGUUGUAUAUUCUUAGACAGCUUUUGGCUUCUUACGAUGGCGGUAAAGCGUUUGGUUAUCUCCCAUACAGUGAAGCUCAUGGGAUAUUUUGUGGCUUCAUGGAACGAGAAACUGAAGAUAAGGAAUUUAGAGAUCAUCUUCUGAAUGAGGAAUAUGGACCGUGUGUUUUUGUGACAACAGUGCUUAACACUCGAUACAUUAUUUUGCAAAAUGAGACUGUAGAUACUGGAAAAUUUCUUUUGGAACUUGAAUGCCUUCUAUCAAAGGAACAGGACAACUUUUCGAGGUUUGAUUUGAAUGCAGACUCACUAAAACGAGUUCUACAGUCUAUGGAUACAGAAUAUGACAAGACAGUUUUGAAGGCCAUGAUUUUCGCUUCGGCGUCAAGGAAGAAAGUCUACGAGCUUGGUAUUAAACCAGAGAAUGCUGUAGGUUUCCUUAACAAGUUGUCAAUGUAUCCAAUAAAUCUUAUAAAACAAAUGUAAGGUAAGUUUUUUAGUAGAGGGGGUUAAUGGGGGGGGCUUAAUAAAUUUCUUCGUCGAAAAGGGAGGGGGCUUUUCAGAGAAAGAGACUUAUAAAAAUUGAUGAGUGAUGAAGACAAUUGUGUAAGGAGCAACACUAACAUAACUAAAGGUGAUACAAUUACUAAAAUAAAAAAGGUUCCAGAUAUUUCUUAAUGGCAGUGACUAUUUUUCCCCUUGAUACUUUGAAUAGGUGUACAUGGUUCGGUUUGUUCACGUUCAAGAUAAUGAAGAGGACAGUGAGCAUUCUGGUCAUUUUGAUAACUUCCAUGUGAGAUCCAAUUGUGUAAAACCCAAAGCAUCAAAUUCGAGCUGUCAAAUAACUGGAGUUUCAACAUCAGUGGUAAAAUCCCAAUUCCCAGCCUCUAUUUCAAUUGGUGAACUGCUACGUGCAGGAAAGCUUGUUGCCCCUGCAAGUAAGAAAACCGUAUCCCUGGCUUUAGAGCAUUUUGAUAUAACCAAUCAAGAAUGGUCAGAAGUACGAACACUAAAUACAUCUGUGUAUACUAAUAAGUUUGCAUCUGGCGGCUUCAGAGAUGCAUUUAAAUGUGUGGAGACAGGUCCUAAUGGAGAAAUAAAGUAUUGGGUUCUUAAACUUUAUAAUGCAAAUGCAAGAAACACGAUUAUUAAUCAGUUGUCAAUGACAAUGGUUGACCAUGCAAGGAAGCAAGUGCAGAUGCAUGAGGUAGCAAAGCAUUUUGCUAAAAAAAUGUCCAAGAAAGUUCCAGGGACAUUUGGAAACACUUUUUUCUACAACAAGGUGUAUUACACAAAGUUUGAAGACCAACAUGCUACAAUCGAAGAGUACAUAAAUGGAAAUUUUGUAAAAUAUGUCAACAACAACGGACAUUGCGUUUUGCCACCUGAAUCUUCAACACAAGAUGAGAAAGUGAUCUAUGAGAAAGCAGAAACCUUAAUUGGUACAUUACAGUUAUGCACUAUCAGAAGGAAAGAUGAUGUUGAUUGAUAUUCAAGGAUCGGGCUAUGCCUUAUGUGACCCAGAAAUUGCAACAGAAAGUCUUAAAGAUGAUGAUGAUAACGACAACUCAGAAAUCUUAUUCUGCUGUGGAAAUUUGUCAACCAUGGCCAUUCAGGGAUUUCUCAAUGAGCAUUCUUGCAAUAAGUAUUGUAAAAUGCUUGCUUUAAGUGACAAC